AUGACAGAAACUCGCAUUCCAGGCACUAUUCACCUUAUUGACCUUGACGGCAACCUCGACGUCAGACACGAGGGUAACAAGGACAUUGUUCUUGUUCCCCAGCCAACAGAUGACCCCGAGGACCCGCUCAACUGGUCCAAGUCUCGUAAAAGACUUCUCGCCAUGUGCUUGAUUAUUGCCGUUUUCUCGGCAGACAUCUUGAGUACUUCGCUUUCGGCGGCCUUAUUAUCGGUCGAAGAGAGCACAGGAAUUCCCCUGGCAAAUCUCAACACUGGUGUUGGUAUUCAAUACUUGUUCUUUGGCUGGUCCAAUUUGCUAUGGCAACCAUUUGGCCUGAACUAUGGUCGCAGACCUGCUAUUUUGCUUGGAGGACUUGGCUGUUUAUUGUGCACCAUCUGGUCGGCCUAUGUUAAAAGUACUGGUGAAUGGUACAUCAACAGAAUUUUGGUUGGCUCUUUCUAUGGCCCAAUUGAAACGCUGAUUGAAGUUUGCAUUUCCGACGUUUUCUUCGCUCAUGAACGUGGAGGAUGGAUCGCCUGGUACUGCUGGACCCUGUUCAACAUUCCUUUCCUGUGUGGUAUCCCUGCUGGAUACAUUGUGGACAGACUGGGAUGGAAAUGGAUUCCAUACAUUUGGUCCAUCAUUGCUGCCGGUUGCUGGGUGUUCAUCUUCUUUUUCCUCGAGGAAACCAUGUACCAUCGCAACCCUGCGCUAGAGAUGGACGGAGUUCAGGGUGCUGUUUCCGUGAACAACACCAACUCCCCGGAUAACGAGAAGGAAAAGAACCAGAUUGUUGUGGACGAGGUUGCUUCUUCUGGCUACCCGAGAAAAACGUUCAUGGAGAAGCUCAAGUUCUGGGGAGCACGCAAUCCCGACCAGAAGAACACGUUCUUCCAAUCGAUGUGGAUUCCGUUCUAUUUGGUCAGAUACCCGGCCAUUGCGUUCGGAGGACUUGUUGUUGGAGCUGUUCUUUCCUGGUUCAAUGUUGUCAACGCUACAUUGGCAGAUAUCCUCGCAUCUCCUCCAUACAACAUGUCUGGAGAAAUGAUUGGAGUGUUCUUUGCUUCUCCUUUUGUUGGCAUUUCUGUCGGAUCCUACUUCUCCGGAAAGAUCGUUGAUACCUGGUCCACAAUGCGUGCCAGAAAGGCCCAUGGAUACAGAGAACCAGAGGAAAGACUGUGGGUUUCUGUGAUCCCAAUGAUCAUCCAUCCAUUUGGCUGUUUCCUGUUUGGAAUUGGUGCUCACCACGAGGUCCAUUGGGUUGGUUUAGCUUUUGGACUAGCAAUGAUCUGUUCCACGUUUCCGAUGGGAUCUGCGGUCGCAAUCAAUUACAUCAUUGACUGCUACAAAGAAGUUUCCGGUGACGGAUUGGUGACGAUGAUUCUGAUUCGGAACUCUAUGGGAUUCGGGUUCUCGUAUGCGGUGACUCCGUGGCUGGAUGCCGUGGGGGUUCAGAACCUGUACAUUGCCAUUGGAUGCAUUGGUAUGUUUUUCUGGGCAAUUUCGUUUGUGAUGAUUGCUUUAGGAAAGAAGUUCAGAAGAAUGUCUGCGUCGUCGUACUGGCGCUUAAUCGAUAAAUAUGAGCUUCACGCCCAUUAA